AUGUGGUGGGGGGGCCGGGGCCGGAGUUUCAACAUUCCACCACAGAAGGAGCCAGAGAUGGGGUCCAUGCAGGUGAGCCGAAUGGAUGAGCCAAGGAGUCCACAGACUAGCAGUUGCCCAGCUCUUCGAUGCCUUCCAGGGGAAAGGGUCUUGGCUUGGGCACCAGGCGUGAGAAGGGGACUAGAACCUGAACUGCCUGGGACUCUGAUGUGUACCAACCUAAGAGUAUUAUUCUGCCCCCAAGGCUGGCAAGCGAGACAGGACUCCGUACUGAACAGUGACUAUGAUUUUUCUCUCAGCAACAUUGGCCGGUUGGAAGCUGUAAAUGGCCCAGGCAGGCCCCAGAUUCUUCGUCCAGGGUCUCUGCUCAAGUUCAUUCCUGAUGAAAUUCUAAUUCAUGGACGAGACUUCCGGCUUCUGAGAGUUGGCUUUGGAGAUGGGGGACUGGAGCCCCUUGCCUUUAGGGUGGCCAUGGCGAUUGUCCAGGCUAGAGAGCAGAACAGUCCAGCCCAACAUUAUGAAGGAAUGAUUCUGAGCAAAGCUUGUUGUGGUCUGGGCUCCAGGGAGCCCCCUGUGCCUCUCUUAGAGACUCCUGAGGACUGGGAGGCUGAACGGAGGAGGCAAGGGGCCAGAGGCUGGAGGGUCAGCACAGUAAAUGAGCGGUUUGAUGUAUCUACCAGUCUCCCUCGAUACUUCUGGGUCCCUCGACGGACAUUGGACAGUGAAGUCAGAAAGGCGUUUUCUCACUUCCAUCAGGGCCGUGGACCGCGCCUAUCCUGGCAUCACCCUGGAGGCAGUGAUCUUCUCCGCUCCAGUGGCUUUUAUGAAGCCAGUGAUCCGAACAGGGAGGAUAUCAGGGCAGUGGAGUUACUACUCCAAGCUGGGCAUUCAGAUAUUGUCCUGGUGGAUGCCGUGGAUGAGUUACCCACCCUUGCAGAUAUCCAGCUUGCCCACUUGAGGCUUCGGGCCCUUUGCUUGCCAGAUGCUACUGUAGCUGAGGAGAAAUGGCUUUCAGCUCUGGAGGGAACAAGAUGGCUGGACCAUGUCAGGUCCUGUCUUCGAAAGGCCAGUGACAUCUCAGUGCUAGUGACUUCCAGGGUCCGGUCUGUAGUCCUUCAAGAACAAAGUGACCGUGACCUCAAUGGCCUCCUCUCUUCACUUGUUCAGCUGCUCUCUGAUCCUGGAGCUCGGACCUUGCAUGGUCUCCAGACCAUUGUCCAACGAGAGUGGGUGGCAUCUGGACAUCCCUUCCUGACUCGUCUGGGAGGGUCUGGGGGAAGUGAGGAGGCCCCAGUGUUCCUUCUUUUCCUUGAUUGCCUCUGGCAGCUGCUCCAUCAGUUUCCAUCGGAGUUUGAAUUCUCUGAGUUCUUCCUCCUCGCCCUUCAUGAUAGUGUCCGGGUUCCUGACACCCCUACUUUCCUGAGAGACACCCCCUGGGAACGAGGAAAGCAGAAUGGGCAGUUCAGCUCUUAUACCCAGGUUUAUACACCAGGAUCUCCUCAGGCUCCUCCAGUUGGAGACCUUGUCCCCAGACCACUGACAGUAUGGGACUGGAGUCUGCGAUAUAGUCAUCAGCAGAUACUACAAUUCUAUAAUCCCUGCUAUGAACCACACCACUCAGAUUCCUGUUCCUCUAGAGAACAGCCAACUUCAGUGGCUCCUGGCCCUCCUCGAUCCAUAUUCCUUUUUUCUCGGGGGACUCUGACCCCACUGAACCAGCUUUGUCCUUGGCGGGAUGGUUUUUCCUCACUGAUGUCCUCUUCACGAUGGCUCCCUCGACACAAUACAUCCUCUGAUAGCCUGGCUGACCAAGAGUGGGGACUCCCUCCUCAUUGGGGGGCCUCCCCUUUGCCUCCGGGGCUUCUGUUACCUGGAUUCCUUGGGCCCCAGAUCAGACUCUGGAGACGCUGCUACCUGAGGGGACGGCCUGAGGUCCAGAGAGGUCUGUCAGCCCCAACAAUCUCUGGACUCUUGGAUGAGUUGGCCCUGCUCCAGGGCCUGCUGAGGACAUGGUCAUCAAGGUCAUCAACCAGUGAUCAUACGAAGACCAAAGACCCAGAUACUCCCCCGACUCCAUCUCGAUGAGAUGUCUGACCCUCUUCUUCCCCUUGAGUUAGACAGGGCAGAGGAAAACGGCUUCUUAUUCUAAGAUCAGAGGUUUCUUUGAUCUGACAGAUCUUCACUUUGCCUUAACCUCCACCCUCCUAAUUUCUCUAACUACCAAACAAGCUUAACAGGAUUCAACUUAUGU